GACGUGAGAUUAGGGUUUCAUUUCUUCAUUGCUUUGCUGUUUUGCAACCCAGUUUUUGAUGCUGGUUUCGUCGACAUUGCCACUUAGUUUGCCGCCAAGAAAGACCGAAGCAGGAGACUCCACAUAAUUCCUCACUCGCUUAGAGGCCAAUUCUGGUGGUCCUUCACAUGUGGACGACGUGGGUACAUCUCCCUUUCCCUACAUCUUAUUUUGGUUUGAAAACUGUGCUUCUGAGUUGCGUUUGCUGUAGAAUAUAUUUCGGCAUUGAGGACAUCACACAGAGGUAGCAUGCCUUAUCCUUAUGUGGUUUUUGUUUUGUGUUUUUAUGUGUUUUUUUGUGUUUUUCGGUUAGUUGAGUGGGAGACAGGACGACGAUGGAAGUGGAGGAGUGGGUGAUGGGUCAUGAAACAGCUCAAAACAUGCUGCGGAGAAUAGGGCCUCGCACCACAGGUUUGGCGCCGCUGGUGCCUGCCUUGCAGCGGAUCGUCAACCUGCAUGGGCGUCAUGUUGUGGAGGUUGCCGGUGCUUCUGGCUCUGCGAAGUCAGAGUUUCUUCUUCAGGCAGCAGUGAAGUGCUUGCUACCAAAGCAGGGCUACGAUGGAUGGGAUGGAGGCGUGCUGUGGUUUGAUCUGGAUGGCCAUUUCGACGUUUUAAGGCUGGUGCGGCUGCUGCAAGCACACAUACACCAGGAGGCACGUCGGAGAUAUGAGGAGGGGAAUGAAGAGGAGGAUGAAAUGGAGGAUGGCGAGCAGGUGCUAGAGACCUGCAUGGAGCGUUUUUUCUAUACUCGUUGCUACAGCAGUUUGGAGUUUAUAUCUGCUUUGAAGAGUUCCCGCAACCAUUUGCUGAGAGCUCAAACCUGUGGCAAGGGUUUCCGAAUUCUCGUGAUUGACAGCAUUGCAGCAUUUUACUGGCUUGACCGUUCUGCACCAUUCAAAGGAGGAGCUGGAAAUCCAAGUUUAAGUCUUCAAGGAGCUAUGCAAGCAGUAGUGAGAGAGUUAAAGGAACUACGUAAAUUGUCCCAACCUACUGGAUUGCUGGUAAUGGCAUCCAAGUGCAAUAUAUAUUCCUCCAACUUCUCCGACACAAAUGAUUGGGCUAGUGGUCUUCGUAAAGACAACAGACAGGUGGAUUCUGCUCAUGAAAAAGACUCAAGGAGAUCAGGCUUGCAGCAGCGCGAGUUCAUGCCUGCUGUGUGGCAGGAAUUUAUAACUCAUCGUUUGCUGCUCCAGUCCAAAGUCGAUGGGACUGAAACUCUUUUCUCAGCCGAAUGGCUUAGACCUGCAUUGUUAAACGUGGACGAGUUUACGAUAAAUGAUACUGGGUUUAUGCUGACCAACCGAUGAAGGUCAGCAAUCUGAAAAUGGCUUACGUGGAGUAGAGUAAGUCCUGUAGAAUUGUCUAGUUUCUAUCGAGUUCUUACACCUGCUUAUGUCAAUACAACAUUAUAAAUGGGUGUUGCAGCUCUGUUUCUAUUUGGAUAUGCUCAA